CACCUGCCUGCCGGUUUGACGCCCGCCGCCUCAGGCCGCCCUCAUCGCUCGCCCUGGGGACGCUCGGAGGCCGCCGUCGCCUUCACGCCCGCCGCUGCCCGCUUCGCGGCCUCCGCUUCAGUGUCGCCUUCGUCCUGGCCUUGGUGCCCCUGCCGCCAGCCAUGAUGCCCGCGGGGCCCUCGCAGGUGUGCCAAAACUACCACCCCGACUGCCAGGCCGCCAUCAACAGCCACGUCACCCUGGAGCUCCACGCCUCCUACGUGUGCCAGGCCAUGGCCUUCAACUUCGACCGCGACGACGUGGCCUUGAAGCACUUCGCCCGCUUCUUCCUGCGGCGCUCGCGGCACCUGGGGGAGCGGGCCGAGAGCCUGAUGCGCCUGCAGAACCAGCGCGGGGGCCGCCUCUGCUUCCACGACAUCAGGAAGCCAGACCGCGACACCUGGGAGAGCGGCCUGCAGGCCAUGCAGUGUGCCUUGCGCCUGGAGAAGGGCGUCAACCAGAGCCUGCUCCACCUGCACCAGCUGGCCAGCGAGAAGAGCGACGCCCACCUGUGCCACUUCCUGCAGAGCCACUGCCUGAACCAGCAGGUCGAGUUCAUCAAGGAGCUAGGGGACCACAUCACCACCCUGCGCAAGAUGGGGACCCCGGAAGUCGGCAUGGCGGAGUACCUCUUCGACAAGCUCACCCUGGGCGACAGUGACAAGAUGAACUGAGCCUGGACUGCACUUCCCCGUGGUCACGGGGUGACUUCCCGAGGUCAC